GGAAAAUAUAAUCACCAUUAUGAUAAUACCCAUAAGAACUGGAGUCGGUUAUGGAUUCGGUGUACCAAUGUUGCUAGUAGUGGGUCUCCUUUUUACAGGAGUCGCUGCUGAUUUAGCUUAUCGGGCCAAUGCCAUCCAUCCAGAAUAUCCCGGACAGUGUUACUUUGAGGAACUAAAGCAGCCUAUACCCAAGCAUCAGUCAUAUAAACCCAUCAAUCGGGAGGGACACUGCCAGUCCAUAUAUUGUCGACCCGACUUUGUCCUAGAGAUCGGCUACUGCGGUCGACACAAUCUCAUUCCUACUAAGAACUGUAAGAUCUAUUCGGAUAUGCGUCGCACUUUUCCCCACUGCUGCCCGAAACUCCUGUGCCAGGAGUCAGAUACCAAUAAUAUCUAGAAAUAAUUUUAUACCUUACCUCAAAAUUGUAAUACUGUUUCCUAUAUGUUAUGCAUUAUUCUCUUAAAAAUAAUAAUCAUCUUCAAUGCGUGAAAA